GCCAUGAAACAAGGUGUGUUUAGUCAAUGGACACGUUUCAGGACAAAGGACGGUCCAUAUAAAGUGCACACACAGUGGCGUAUACUUUAAGCUGUAUAAUGUCUUGUUUUAAUGUCAUGGUUGCUGGCUUAUUUCACUGCAAGUGAGCGACACACAGAGAAUCUCAAGAGAAAGUAAAAUAAUGAAAGAGAGGGAAACAGAUGAAGAUAGAUGCUAUUACACAUUUAAUGAGUGUUGGAAUUAAUUUGGCCACGCAGAAAUUUAAGGAACAUUAAUAGUCAUUCACCUUUUGUCCAAAAUUGUGAAAACAACUGCACUGUGGCUUUAUGGCCUUUAUAAAAACAAGCUUUCCAUAUCCAGCCCAUCGUAAAGAAGGAGACACUGAGUUGCGUAGUCUGCAGCAGAGGAUUCUUAGAAAGGGGAACUGCUGAAGUCUGCUGAUUCAGUGUUUUACCAUGGAGGAUAACAGCAGGUGACUCAUCCACAAUGUUUCAGUGCAUUUCAGAACAUGGUCUCCAAAGGAACGAAAGUGAGCCUAUGUAACUUUUGCUAAAAAAAGUUGCAAUUAUUAUGGGAUCAUUUUAAAUGCUUAGGAGUAUUUGCACAGAAAGAGAAGAGUCAUCAAGUCAGCGAACUGAAAAAGUAAUGUCAGUUACACGGCAACAUAUAUCUAACGUUAGCUUACAUUAGCCACCAAAAGCUAUUGGUUAUGCCAGACCCGGGAGGCUUUAAAACGCUUUGAACGGCUGCCAGACACUUUCAAUGUCCAGGGACUGAAGGAAACUUUAUAGUCAACAAAUCCACAUACAGGGGGCUGCACGGUGGUGUAGUGGUUAGCACUGUCGCCUCACAGCAAGAGGGGCCUGGGUUCAAUUCCCGGGCUGGACAACCUUCUGUGUGGAGUUUGCAUGUUCUCCCCGUGUCAGCGUGUUCUCUCCGGGUUCUCCGGCUUCCUCCCACAGUCCAAAGACAUGCAGCUUAGGUGCAUUGAGGACUCUAAAUUGCCCGUAGGUGUGGAUGUGAGUGUGAAUGUUUGUCUGUCUCUAUAUGUCAGCCCUGCGACAGACUGGCGACCCGUCCAGGGUGAACCCUGCCUUCGCCCAUUGACAGCUGAGAUCGGCUCCAGCACCCCUGCGACCCUUAACUGGAUAAGCAGGUUACGGAAAACGGAUGGAUGGAUGGAAAUCCACAUACAAGUACAAGUGAUCAACGGGUUUUUGGGAGGAGUCACGCCGGUGGGAAAGCCCUGCCUAGCAGGAGUCGCCUCUCUCCUUCCUCAUUCAGCGCUUCUCUGUGACUUAUGUGACGGCGGCUCCGGAGGUUCACACCCCGCCGAGCGAAGCACUUUGCCCGGGCCUGGAGUCCCUGUCGCUGGGUGGCAGUGGAAGGGUGCACACCGGCCGGUUUGGGUGGAGCUGUGCCCCCGAUCCGAGGAAUGUGACACACCGACGGGAAGGAGACGCACAUCGGCGGUUUCACGGAGACCCGUCGGUACAAAGAGAGGAGACAAGUACUGCAGCAAAGUUAGGAGGUACAAAUUCCUCCUGCCUUACCUCUCCGCACCCUGAACUUUGACCCCAUCCCUCCAACCAUGGCACACCGAUCUCAGAGUUCAUCUGUUGGUGAUAACCCCCUCGACCCUAACUACCUGCCCCCUCAUUACCGUGAGGAGUACCGCCUAGCUAUUGAUGCUCUGAUAGAAAAUGACAUACAGGGUUACUAUGAGUUCCUCCAGUCUGCAGAUGUGGUCAGUUUCCUGUCACAGGCAGAAAUUGAAUUUAUCAAGUCCACAAUCCAGACGCCCAAGCAGACCUCCGGUGUCCCAGAGCUGACAUACCAUGAGGGAGGUCAGGAGGCUGAUGGCUCCUCUGACACCUACUGGCCGAUGCAGUCUGACCUGGAUGCACCGGGGCUGGAGCUGGGCUGGCCGCUGCCACAGCAAAGCUUCAUGGGGCCCACGGAGGUCACCACUCUAGUCAACCCCUCCGACCCAGACAUGCCAAGCAUCAAAGAGCAGGCCAGGAGACUCAUCAAGAAUGCACGCCAGGUUAUUGCUGUGGUGAUGGACACGUUCACAGAUGUUGACAUUUUUGGGGAUCUAUUGGACGCGGCGGCGGCACACCACGUUCCAGUUUACAUUCUACUGGAAGAGCAGGAAGCCCAUCACUUCGUUUCUAUGGUCCUCAACUGCAAAGUCAACUUGGACAUGCAUCCUCUGGUGCGUGUCAGGACUGUGGCAGGAGUAACAUAUUAUUCCCGUACGGGGAAAUCAUUUAAGGGGCAGGUGAAGGAUCGUUUCUUGCUGGCUGACUGCAAAGCUGUACUCAGUGGCAACUACAGUUUCACGUGGUCCUUUGAGAAGAUCCACCGCUGCAUCGCCCAUCUCUUCCUCGGGGAGCUAGUUUCCACCUUUGAUGAAGAGUUUCGCAUUCUCUUUGCUCAGUCAGAGCCUCUAGUCAUUGACCCAUCCAAUGGAGCACUUGCUCUCUCUGACACCAGCAGCACCAGCAGUUACUUGGGCAACCAGUUCAACCUAAAGAGGACCCAGUCUUUGCGUAACCCCAUAGGUUUCCGCAGGCAGCCUGAGCUUCCCACUGCCUUCCCCUAUGGAGACUCUGAUCGUAACCUUGCACUUCCUUUCCGAAGGAACGAUCCAUUCCGUCACACCAUUGAACCUACAGCAGGAAUUACAAUUGGAAAAUAUUCCCAGCAACAGUUUCGUGUGCAGCAGUCGUACCUGGAGCAGGGGAGGUCCAUAGUUUCCAGACAAAUGGAGAUGAGCUCCACCGCCUUCAAUAGGCACAGCUAUGCAGAGGGAACCCAGGAAAACUACUCAUCUUCGAAGCAAUACAUGAAGCACCGAGUCAUGAAUAAUCUGGAUGAGACAGAUUUCAAAAGUGAGCAGACCCAUAGUAGCCAUUACUACAAUGAAGGGCCUGGGCCGGGAUCUGGCCACGGACACAAUGACAGACUUCGUGGUCGUCCUCCACUACUCUCCAUUGACCAGUAUUCAGAUUCAAGCUAUCGCUCAGAUCCGGAGCCUCCACCAGGAAACUACGGCCGAGGCUACUUUUCAUCUGAGGACUUGAGAGGACCUGAGGGACACCAGGCACCUCCAUUAGCUGGGAGGUAUGGAGGGGAUUCCACCAACAAAAGGCCAACCAUAGGUCAGGCGUAUGCCUGCCAAAGUUCACCCACGCAGCUCCACCCACCAGAGAAGAAACAGUUUGCCAAACAACCUGAUCAACAGCAUGGUGAAGGUAACGAUGCUAGGCAAGGCAUGAGGAGUUGGAGAAUCCAAUCCUAUCUUAGCACUUAUGAGGACAGUGGAGAAGAAGGUCUGAUUCAACCUUUGGGGCCUGAUGCAUUUGAAGAUCUGCCACCAUCUCAGCAGCCAACUGCCACUGAACAUUCGGCUCCUCGCUUUGGAACAAAGGAGCCACCGAAUGUUCCCGCCAAAUCCAGACCAGAAAUCCUGAGACCGCGGUAUGGAAAGCCCAUCUUACCUGAAGGCAACAGUAAAGACUCUGCCCCAAAAACAACCAAGGAUCUACUUCCAUCAGUCAGUGAUUCAAAGCCAUAUGCACUGGAGAAAAAAUCCAGGGAGGCUGAGAAGGAAAGGGAGAGAGAGGCAGAGAGGGGUGCAGCAAUGGAGGUGGGUGGAGAUGUGGAGAUGAAAGAGAACUCAGAUCGCUUCCUGUCCAAACAUGAAUCAUUCCGUACACGUGUUAACCCACUCCUUCAACGUAGCUCUCGCCUGCGUUCCUCGCUUAUAUUCUCAUCUUCCAAAGCAGAGAUUCACAGUGGUAGCCUCGGCCUUAAACCAGCAACAGAGCAAGACGAGGAGUUAGACACAGUGCGCACUUCCUCCAUUGUUGCCCAGAUCCUAGAGAAGAGAAGGUCAUUGACUCGUGAGCCUUUUGAGUGGAGAAAGAAGGCUGAAGAAAAUGAUAAGGAGAAAGAAAGGGAGAAGGAGAAAGAGAAAGAAAGGGAGAGGGAGAAGGAGAAAGAGAAUGAAAGGGAGAAGGAGAAAGAAAAAGAGAAGGAAGAAAAGGAGAUUCGAUUGAGAGAGGAGAUUAAAGCAAAAGAGGAACCUCAGAAAACCAACGAAGAGGUAAAGAAGACACCAACUGUUGAGAAAUCUGAAGUCACAACAUCAUUAUCUAUGAAUAUGAAUGACCCAGCCAAUAGACUGCAGUAUUUCAAAGAACUGGCUGCCAAGAGAAAAGCGUCAAGAAUGGAGACAGAGACAUCGCUAAAAGUCCCAGAGCCUGAUGAAAAAAAGCCAGACCUUUCUGAUAAACCUCCCCUAAAAACUACAAUGACUCCAAAGAUCCCAACUGUCUCUGUUAAUUCAGCCGAACCUGAACCAAAGAAGACAGACAUCUCUGCAAAACUGGCAGAGCUCACUCGCAGAUCUUCAUUUAGUUCCUCAAAACCAUCGAUCAUCACCGCCAGGCCUUUUGUGAGCCACGCGAAACCUUCAGAGACAAAUAAAGAGGAAAGUGCGUCGGAGGGUCAGAAGAAGGAUAUAUUCAAGUCUCUAAAGCCCUUUCCUUCACCUAAGAUAUUCAGGAGGGAUCAGUUGAAGCUCAAAGGACUGACUCCUCGUCGCAUCUCCUGUGGUGACGAGAUGCUGACCACCGACGCUACAGAUGCAGAGAAGAGUGAAAUGAAAAAGAGUCGCUCUCAUAGUUCUUCAAUUAUGCCACGUGAUGAAUCCAGGGAAGGGCUGCAAAAAGGUUUGGGAUCUAAUACAUCCAUCAACACACUUGGUGAUGGCAAGGGUGAUGGCAAGGGUGAGGGAAAGACUCUUGACUUCUUGAAGAAGCAGACUCAGAGGCUAAAGGGAUUCCUGGGGCCCAAGGAUAAAGAAAAGAAAUCUUCUGGAGAUGAUAAGGGCAUGAGCACUGUCAGAGAGAUCACUGAAGAUUCAAGCACAAAGCAGAGUUCAACAGCUAAAGAUAAGGUAUCUACAUCAACCACCGCGUCCGGCCCAUCUCGAUACCAGGCCCCGGGCAGCUCUGUUCUCUUCAGUAGCAACCUACGAGAUGACACCAAAGUCAUUCUGGAGCAGAUCUCAGCCAACAGCCAGAAGAACCGACUAGAGCGAGAAGAAUCAGGAGGGGACAGAGAUGGUGCCGGCGGGGAUAAGGGGCUGGAGAGACAAAACUCCAUCAAAAAGAGUCGAUUUCUGAAUCCGCAGUCCAACCUCCAGGAGCGGGAGGGAAUACUGAAGAGGAUAGAGAGUAUGAGGAAGGAGAAGAAGGUCUACAGCCGCUUUGAGGUAGUCUAUAACUGCAAGGAUGAUGUUUGCAGCGUGGAAGGGAAAGAGAUAUGAUCAAAAGAAAAAGUAGCGUUAGGUAUAAACAACUAAAGCAGUUAAGACAUGUAUUAGUGAAAUCAGGGGUUUAAAGUCCAUAACAAAAAACAGCUGUUUAAAUUAUAAAUCCUGCAUUGUUUUGAGUUCAUUUCUUUGCAAUU